AUGAUCCUGCCUUUGCUUGGACGCGUGGCUGGUCCACAGCAAUUCUCACACGACGGCCCGAUUUUGAGCGAUCGCUGGACCAGUGACUGGAGCGAUCACUGGGGUGAUCACCAACCACCGAACAACGAUUCCGACGAGUCUCCCCACAAGGUUGCGUUUAUCGUCUUGAGCGUUUUCUACUGCUUGGGCUUCCUCAUCUCCACCUGCAUCGUCUUUGGCAAUGCCUACAACAGUCAAACGAAAACGUACAACUGGGACCAGCGCUGGGUCCCGUCCCUGGUCCGCCGCGAUGCAUGCCUCAUGCUCUUCUUCCCCAUCGUCUUCCUCCUCCCCGCCUUCCUCUGGCCCCUGGUCGUGGCAUCCUGGAUCCUCUACCAGCUGUACAAAGUGGCGUUGAGACUGGCGUAUGUCGUGUCGGAUGCAGCCCGUUCUGCAACCUCGUGCUGCGGCGUACCGCUCCCCCGGCGCGAUCGUCCAGGGCCCGACGGCGCGACGGCGCCUGUGGACUUGGAGAUGGGGGUCGCGGUGUGCUAUGAGGGUGAAGGCGCGCUUAGUGACGACGGCAGCGAGAUCGUCUCCGAUGGCGCCAGUGUGCGAUCUGCUGGCUCCUGUAAGUCUGAUCGGCCGCCUUCGUAUACCUCGGUACAGCCGGACGAGGACGGCGAGCACAGCGGCGGGGAGGCGGAAGGUUUGCUCGCCAAGGGUGCCGAGUGA